AUGUCUGCUUCAGAGAAGAGCGCGGUUCCCCAGCGAGCAGCACAGAGGACAAUUGUCUUCUUCCAUCCAGAUCUCGGAAUCGGUGGAGCCGAGAGACUAAUUGUUGAUGCUGCCGUUGGCUUGCAAGAGCAAGGAAACAAGGUCACCAUCUUCACCUCUCACUGUGACCCCAAUCAUUGCUUUGAGGAGGCCAGAGAUGGCACCCUUGAUGUCAGAGUUCGCGGAAACACCCUGUUUCCCCCCACGUUCCUAAACCGCUUCCAUAUUCUCCUCGCGAUUCUCCGCCAGAUACAUCUCGUCUUCUCGAUCGCAGUCUGGAGCAAUGAGCUGAACAGACUUGAACCCGAUGUGUUCGUGGUCGACCAGCUGUCGGCCUGCGUGCCCCUACUGAGAUGGCUCUUUCCGCGCCGCCAGCGCACCCUCUUCUACUGCCAUUUUCCUGACCAACUGCUUGCGGACCGGCGGACAAGUGGGUUGCUAGGGCUCUUGAAAAAGGCAUACAGAUAUCCCUUCGACUGGUUUGAGGGAUGGAGCAUGAGCGCAAGUGACAGGAUCGUCGUCAACUCCAAUUUCACGAAAUCAGUUGCGUCGAGGGUCUGGCCGGCCCUCUCAGAGUCUCUAGGCGUCAUAUACCCGUGCGUCAACAUCCAAGAGACGAAGGUACAGGUGGAACCGGAAGAGACGCCAUUGUGGGACGGACGGUUCAAAAUCCUUCUUAGCAUAAACCGUUUCGAACGGAAGAAAGAUAUUGGUUUGGCUAUACGGGCUUAUAACAACCUCUGUGCUGAUGCCCGUAAAGGGACCCGAUUGAUCAUAGCUGGUGGGUAUGAUCAGCGAGUUUCUGAGAACGUCGAUUAUCACAAAGAGCUGGUCGACAUGGCAGAGGGAUUCGGCCUGUCAGCUGCCACUGCCAAAACAGUGCCUACAGCCUUGGGUAUCCCCGACGACAUUCAAGUACUGUUUCUGUUAUCCGUACCCGGGCCGUUCAAGGAGACACUUCUCAACAAUGCUCGGUUGCUACUAUACACUCCCUCCAACGAGCAUUUUGGUAUUGUACCCGUGGAAGCUAUGCAGCAUGGACUGCCCGUUCUUGCUUCAAAUACGGGCGGGCCUCUGGAAACCAUUGUCGAAGGUGAGACAGGCUGGCUGCGAGACGUGACUAAAGUCGAGGAAUGGACUGUUGUGAUAGACAAAAUUUUGAAUGGGAUGAGCUCAGCAGACCUUGAGAGCAUGAGUCACAAUGGGCGCAAAAGAGUCCACCACUACUUCACAAGGGUGAUUAUGGCAGAGAAACUCAGCAAUGAGUUGGACGCCAUGCUCAGAAACAAGCGCAGUACCUUCCUCGAGAGAAAGGACAUCAUCUUCGGGCUUUCUCUUGUUGCUGCGUUCGCGGCAGCUUUGUUUGCAACCGUCGUCAAGGCGAAAGGUGGCCAAGGAGACAGAAGAGCGACCGAGUUCGUUCGGGCGAAGAGAAUGCACGGAGACACUGAUGAAGGGCUAAAGAUGUUUUCCAAUAAUUAUCAUAGGUAG